GGCCAGUCAAUUUGCAUUGCUAAAUAGUCUGUAGCGCCAACCGAGUGGGACAGAACAGAACAGUCCGUUUUGAAAAGGCAUUCUUGCAACACUUGGUCAAUGUACCGAAGCUUCAACUCGACCAGACGGCGGUUAAUGAAAACCUGGUGGCUUUCGCGUAAAGGCGCAUAGUUGGGGGGUGGUGAGAGCCCUGCUGGGAAGUGGCGAGGGGAUUUGGGGAGAAGUUACGGGUCGUCUAAAUCUUUCCUUUGAGAAACCAUAAACCAUGCUUUUUGAAAUACGUGGCUUCAGGUUUUGCUCUUCUGCAAGGAUGUUGGCAGCUCUGGUAUUUAUUCUGCUUUGUAUCCAGCCUGGACACGGACAGACUUGCACAGAUGGUUUUGCAUAUGACCGCAGGGCAAGGCAGUGUAUAGAUGUGGAUGAGUGCCGUACCACGCCAGAUGCUUGCCGAGGAGACAUGCGCUGUGUAAAUCAGAACGGCGGCUACCUGUGCAUCCCGAGGACCUUGUACAACCAGCCGUACAGACCGGAGACCCCGGUCCUCCCUGAGACAGUUUACCCGGACACAUCAGACACCUUCCUCCCAGCUCCUCCGAGAUCUGUGGAGCCCAGCUACCCCAGGGUGAGAACCACUGCCCAGUGCAUCCUGGGAUAUACUCCUGCAGAGGAUGGCACCUGUAAUGACAUCGAUGAAUGUGAGACAAACUCCCAUCACUGUAACCCCACCCAGGUCUGCAUCAAUACAGCAGGUGGCUACACCUGUUCCUGCACUGAAGGAUACUGGCUCAUUGGUGGACAGUGCCAGGAUAUUGAUGAAUGUCGCUAUGGUUACUGCCAACAGCUGUGUGCCAAUGUCCCUGGCUCUUAUUCGUGCUCCUGUAACCCCGGCUUCAUCCUUAACCCAGACAGCAGGACCUGUCAAGAUGUGGAUGAGUGUGAGGAUGAACCAUGCAGUCACGGCUGCUUCAACACCUACGGCUCCUUUAUGUGCAACUGUGAUGAGGGAUUUGAGUUGGCGUCCGACGGUACCUCUUGCAUUGACUUGGAUGAGUGCAGCUUCUCUGAGUUUCUGUGUCAGCACAGAUGUGUGAACACCCCCGGCUCUUUCUCCUGCAUCUGUCCACCUGGAUAUUAUGUAUACGAGGAUGGCAGGAGUUGCGAAGAUAUCAAUGAAUGUGACACUGGUAACAACACCUGUACAACAGCACAAGUAUGUUUCAAUUUCCAGGGAGGCUAUACAUGCCUGAAUCCUUUACAGUGUCGCUCUCCUUACAUCGAAGUUAGUGACAAUCAGUGUAUGUGUUCAGCUGAGAACCCUGCCUGCAGGGACAAGCCCUUCACUGUUCUUUACCGACACAUGGACUUGUCGUCGGGGCGUAGUGUGCCUGCAGACAUCUUCCAGAUGCAGGCUACCACUCGCUACCCCGGUGCUUUCUACAUCUUCCAGAUAAAGUCGGGCAAUGAAGGACGAGAGUUUUACAUGAGACAAACCAGCAAUGUGAGCGCCACACUUGUCUUGUCACGGCCCAUCAAGGGACCGAAGGAGGUGGUGCUGGACUUGGAGAUGGUCACGGUCAACAAUGUCAUCAACUUUAGAGGCAGCUCCAUCAUACGUCUGACGAUAUUUGUCUCAGAGCACCCGUUCUGAGUGUCCCAAAUGAACUAAAUCACUCCAGAGAAUCAAGCUGCACUCAUCUGCAGCUGAUGUAAUGGUUUAUUUGAGACAGCUCAUCACCUUUUUUUAAUCAUUAUUUCAUCCUCAAUAAAGACACGUCCAGUAAAGACUCAGCUAAGAUCGGCUGAUGGGAAAGCAUCCCUGUGCUCGAAACCCCACUCUGGUUUGAUGGACACUGAGCUUCUAUGGCCGCAAUAUGGAUUUUCGACAAAGAGGGAUAUUUAUGGUGUAUAAUUUCUAACAUCCUCUAUUUAGAAAAUGACCUGAAAAUGAUGGAAUUACCCUCACUGCAUACCAGUGUAUACAACAUUCUGUUUUCCCCAGUUGUCUGUGAAUUUUCAUCCCUUCAGAUAAGCUGUGAAAGUGACUUUUAUAGGCCUGAAUUCAAGAGCUGUCGUUGCGUCAUGAGUGCCAUCAUCAUUGUUGUGGGUUUUUUUAUGAGAGCCGGUCAUCUGAGCAGAAGUGUAAUUGUGCAUUUGCAAUGGCAAUAUCUGAAAUGAUGUCACAACCAGUCAUUAACUGAAUUAUCGAUCACAAUUUCUUUUAGACCAAUAAAUGUCUUCACCACA